AUGAUCUUAGUUAUUUCUAUCGUUAUUGGUUUCAUCAGUACUCCAACUUUAGGAGAAGGAGUUUCCACCCUAACGGCCAAAACUUUAAACAACAGCGCCAAUGUCAGGACUGUUCUCUUCAGGGACACGGAUACGUGCAAGGUGUGUUGGAGUAAAGAAGAUUUGAACUUAUUGGUCGCAAGGCGUCUAGUACAAGAUUUAAUCCCUCGAAAAAUCCCGAGAGAUUUUCCUGCUCUCUACACAUAUCUAAAAGAUGUCAUCGAGACGGUCAAAGCCAAGUCUAAUGAGAAAAACCUGCAUACAAUGCUGUUGGCUACUUAUGAUGCACUCGGUGGCUAUCUUCACGCCAUUGCGAUUCCCAUCUUAAAUGAAGCAUUCUAUGCUGGUAAUGUUGACUUUACAACUACUUCAAAUCUUCAUACUUUGCUCGGUACCAUGAUGGCAUUUCUUGGAACUAAUGGAAAUGGAUGGGCACCGCCUUGUGACAUGAGGAGGAUUCCUACAAAAGUUGCUGCUCUUCCAAUAAGGAUGUGUAAAACAGUUGAAGCAUGUGAUGCAUUUGUCAUCAAUAACCGUAGCAGUAGCAGUAGUGUGGGGUCUGAUGAAUGUGAGCCAGGCAGUAGCUCCGGACCCUCUCAAGAAUCGAAGAUACAGAUCCCAUUUCUAGACGAUAAUGCAUAUCCCAGUGCUAUUGCGGUGCCAUUAAAGGAGCACCCUCUGUUUUCUCUUAUGUCUGAAUGUGCAGUCAAUAUUGUACCCAAGUAUUAUAUUUUAGCGAUGAGAUGUUUGAGUUCGCCCAGUUAUUCAAAUAAAGAUAUUAUAAAUUUUAACAGACAGCUUCAUCGAUGGAUAAUUGCAACAGUUGUUCCUCACUUACACGAAAUAGAACGGUGGUAUCCUGGAUUUGGAAGUAUAAUGAGGGUUGUUGAAACAAUGAACCAAAGAGGUCUUGCUUCUACUGAAAUAAUCAAGAUAGACACUAAAGAAAGCAACAGAUCUGUAUGUAUUGAUUUGCCUCCGAGUUCUGUUUGCUCGUGGUCUUUCAACGUGGUACCGUGGUUGAUAAUAGCGGCCAUUGUUUUAAUUGCAUUAAUAAUUGCUAUUUGCUGCGUAAGGUGCUGCAUCAACUGCAUUCGCUCGAGGCGAAGUAAUGAAGCUGAUGCGAAAGGUGCCUAUUGUCAAGACCAUUUUACGAACACGCUAGUUAAUCUAUACUGUGGAAUAAAAGGAAGGCAACCACCUUUUGAAGGAGGGGAAACAUCUCAAGGCAGAUCUAGAAGAGGAUUCGGUUCAUCGGCACCAUCCUACGAAGGUGAAUCAUCUGAUGAUUAUGAAACUGAAUGA